AUGCUUGUUUCUCUGAUUCUUAACUUGCUCACCUUGAGCUACUCUGGUGCUCUCAAAUACCAUACAACAGAUCCUAUCAAGUUUGUGGAAAACAAUUAUUAUUAUGAACGCCAGAAGGAGGAUGUCAUGCAGGCCUUAGCGCACUUCCGUCACCUAAAGCAGGAAGAGCUUCGAUUUGUGAGCACUGCGGCGUCGUUGUCAGGCCUUGCUGUGCUAGGCAUUUUCUCAUGGCCGGAAACUGAGAGCACAAUUUGGGUCGCCAGAAUGCUGUGGCACUGGAGUUUCAUGCUGUCCAUAUUCGCACUCAUCAGCUCCGCCCAUCAGCGGCUACUUCGGCACCUACCCAGUGACAAGUUCCAGGAUUUUGACGACGACAAGAUCAAGCUGGCUCUGAAUUUGUUCCUAUCUCCUCCAGUUUAUCCCAAGCUACCAAACAGAAAUGGUCCGGGGCAGUAUACGCGCCAAGCCAGCUUGAGAAUGAUCUGGAUGUGGCAGUGUCCGGUAAUGCUGAUGAGCUACUCCUGGGUCCUGUUUCUAGUCGGAUACGGGCUACAUAUGUUGAAGCCUGUCUUUCACCCUUCACAGGCAGAAGUCUCCAAAGCGGUGCGUCAUCAAGAAGUCCUUCUUGAUUCGAUUGUGAAUAGCAGCUCAUGCAAACAGCAGGUCGCAAUUGUUACCCUAAGCGGAUGUUUGGUAGUUGUUGCGAACUUUAUUUUCUGUGCUUCAUUAUGUCAGAUACGCCUGGAGACACCGUCCAAACCAGCUGCAGAUUAG